GUGACAGAGUUGGUGGAGUUCCUCAUAAACAACUGCUUAGAAAUAUUUGGAGAGGACAUCGCUUUGUCUGCCUGUGCCUUGGCUGAGGAGUCGCUGGAGCACACAGACAGAUCCACAGAACACUUAUGUGCUGCUCAUCAGAAUGACUCUGCCUAUGACAGCCCAGAUCCUGAAGCAGAAGGCAGCCCUCGUACCUCCCAGAUGGAGCAGCCCACGGGGAGGAGCACUAGUGUGAGCAGAAGAUAUCCAACACGCAUCUCUGCCCCUUCACUGUCUAAUUUCAAUAAUGACAUCAGCACGAUGGACAGGAGGUACUCAGAGCCAGACCUGUCCUUCCAGAACCGCCUUGAAGGCAGGAUAAGGAAACAGAAGCUAAACAAAAGUGAGGACAAUUUUCCGGAACAGCAGAAACAGCUAGGGUUGGAGGCAUUGGAGAAACGGCUUGCAAUCUUACCUUCACAAUUAUCAACUGACUCUCUACCCAAAACAUCCUCCAGCUGCUCCCUGGAGAGCUCUGACGGCUCGGUCUUCACCAGCUCCCCAGUGGUUUCACCCUCCAGUCCCAAAAAAACUUUUUUAAAUAGGCCCCAGUCCUUUUCCACCAAGGCCACCGAAGACUGUAGUACGCCUAGCAGAGAGAUCAAAAAGCAUUCCAUGUCGUUCUCUUUUGCAAACCACAGGAAAACACUAAUAAAAACCCGGAGUUGGGGGCCUGGAAAAAGCAUAGCUUUUCAGAGAGACAGUUUCACAAAGAAAGAAGAUCAGUUCUCCUGCAGAGUUGUCCAGGAGAACAGCCCUGAUGAUGACAAACCAUUGCCUGUGGCGUAUGAGCAAAGGCACCGUUUCAGGUCGGCCGAUGAAGUGUUCAGAGAGGUGGACCAGAGGAAUCCUGGAAGGCCACCCUCUUACGAAGAGGCUACGAAAAACUGCCUGGCCACUGAAGUUCCCUCCGACAACCUCACGGUUCGAACGAUGAGAUUAAAGGUGUCGGGCCAGGACGCUUUGCUGCCUCAUCCAGGCGGCAGCUGUGCACAGGACACAUCAUGCGUGGUCCUGAGGGAUCGACCCAGUGGCAGAGUUCCUGCAGCCAAGGGUUCUGACGUGGAAAACGAAACCCUCAGCAUCACUGUGGGGAUAAACUCCCGCGUGAGUUUACCUGUAACCCCAGGAGUCUACCGAUUGAGAGCCAUGUCUGAGUCCUGUCAAAAGAACAAACUUGAAUAUGUGGCUCGGAGGUGCAGCCAGCCAGUUUUUGAGGUAGACCAGAUCCAGUAUGCUAAGGAAUCCUAUGUUUAA